GGUAGUCUAAAUCGAGCGCAACUAUUUCAAGCAGGCUGUCACAACAGUAAAUCAAAAAACCCUUAGCUUAAUUUGUGAUUAAGGAAAAACGUUUUCCUAUUGUUUUAAUUCUCAGUGUUUGAGGUUUUUUUGCAGUGGUUCAGAGUUGACUUUAAAUAGUUAAAAAUGCACAUUCGAGGUGUGCGCACGUAUGUGACGUAUGGUGUUUUUGUCUAAAGCUACAUUGACUGCGGAUAGCUGGCUAGCUAGAUACAGUUGUUGCAGCAUUCUUGAAAUUAAUAUUUUGUUUCCGUUAGCUUACGUUAGUAAUUAGAAAAACGAAUGAGCAAUAGCCCACACUAUUGCAGGAAGUCACACGCUACCAUGGAUCACAUUUGGCAUCCUCCAAUGUGACUAGGACGUCUGGACUAGUCUUGUGCCAUUGGAGUUAGCUAGCAAACAAGCUCGCUAGUUGGUCUGCUUGCUAAUGCUAUCUAGCUAGGUGGUGGGUAGUGUUUUUAUUGAUUGAUACUGGGUGUGCCAUUCGUGUUGAUUGUUUGAUAGUUUACCCGUCACUUUCGUUCAAACCUUUUACCCAUAGUUUGUGAAUAUUUGAAAUGUAGCUAGCCAGCUAGCAUAACUCGUAGCUAGCUAGUUAAUUAGCUACGGUUAGCCGCGGCUAUUUGGCCUUUUCAUAACCAGCCAAUGGUUACAUAUUGAGUUAUAAUGUGACAUCUUGUUUAAAGUCGUUGGCUAAAGUAAAGCUAAUUCAACUCAAGUUGGAUAUAUGCCAGUUUAGCCAAAACAAUGGAAAGUUUACUAGCUGCGUGAAUCCAGGUAAAGGCACCAAUGCGACCACCUGGAUUUGAACCCGGGUCACCUGUGUGGGACAGGGCAGUGAUUUCUAAUAGAUCUAGUUAUAUCGAUGUUGUUCACUGUAAUAAAUGUACAUUAAUGUAUUUUGCCUGCACAGCGAGCAGCUGCGAACAUCAGUGGUUGAGAUCCCAUAUAAUUUGUCAUCACUUUGACAUCUUUGCAACUUCGCCUCAACUAUGUUGACGCUUUUGUCUUUUUGCCAGAUAUUGCAGCACGUUGAGAUUCUUGAAACUUGAGGAACUCUUUAAGUACAGUACAAUGGCUCCCAAAGACAUCAUGACCAACUCCCAUGCCAAAUCCAUCCUCAAUGCCAUGAACGCACUUCGUAAGAGCAACACACUCUGUGAUAUCAUUUUGAGAGUGGAGAAUACCGACUUUCCUGUACACCGUAUUGUCCUGGCAGCCUGCAGUGACUACUUCUGCGCCAUGUUCACCAGCGAGUUGUCAGAGAAAGGGAAAUCCUUUGUAGACAUCCAGGGGUUGACUGCGUCCACCAUGGAGAUCCUGCUGGACUUUGUUUACACAGAGACUGUUUUGGUCACAGUGGAGAAUGUCCAGGAACUGCUUCCUGCUGCCUGUCUGCUGCAGCUCAAAGGAGUAAAAAGAGCUUGUUGUGACUUCCUGGAUAGUCAGCUUGAUCCCACAAAUUGCCUGGGCAUUCGUGACUUUGCGGAGACCCACAAUUGCCUUGACCUGAUGCAGGCCGCUGAACUCUUCUCCCAGAAGCACUUCCCUGAGGUGGUUCAACAUGAGGAGUUUAUGCUGCUCAGCCAGAACGAGGUUGAAAAACUAGUUAAAUGUGAUGAAAUCCAGGUGGACUCAGAGGAGCCUGUAUUCGAGGCAGUGUUGAAUUGGGUUAAACACAAUAGGAAAGAGAGGGAGAUUUAUUUAUCGGAGAUGCUGGAGCAUGUGCGGAUGCCUUUGCUCACUCCGCGCUAUAUCACAGACGUCAUUGACUCAGAGCCCCUUAUUCGAUGCAGUCUUCCCUGCCGAGACCUUGUGGAUGAGGCCAAGAAAUUCCACCUUAGACCAGAGCUGAGGAGUGAGAUGCAGGGGCCACGCACCCAAGCCAGAUUAGGUGCCAAGGAGGUCCUGUUGGUUAUUGGAGGAUUUGGCAGUCAACAAUCCCCUAUAGAUAUCGUUGAGAAGUACGAUCCUAAAACUCAGGAGUGGAGCUUUUUACCUAACAUUGCUCGGAAAAGGCGUUAUGUAGCUACCGUGUCCCUCAAUGACCGUGUGUAUGUGAUUGGCGGCUACGAUGGUCGAUCGCGGCUUAGCUCGGUGGAGUGCUUGGACUACACGGCAGACGAGGAUGGUGUCUGGUACACCGUCGCCACUAUGAAUGUACGGCGUGGCCUUGCCGGGGCGACAACACUCGGAGAUAUGAUCUAUGUUGCUGGAGGCUUUGACGGUAGCCGCCGUCACACCAGCAUGGAACGAUAUGACCCCAAUAUUGACCAGUGGAGCAUGCUUGGGGACAUGCAGACAGCCAGGGAAGGGGCUGGCCUGGUGGUUGCUAGUGGACUUAUAUACUGUCUUGGUGGGUACGACGGAUUGAAUAUCCUCAAUUCAGUGGAGCGGUAUGACCCUCACACAGGUCAUUGGACGAAUGUUACCCCCAUGGCCACCAAACGCUCAGGGGCCGGUGUAGCCUUGCUCAAUGACCACAUCUAUGUGGUGGGAGGCUUCGAUGGAACAGCGCACCUCGACUCAGUUGAGGUUUACAACAUUAGGACUGACUAUUGGACCACGGUAGCCAGUAUGACCACUCCCCGCUGCUACGUAGGAGCUACCGUCCUCCGGGGACGACUCUACGCCAUAGCUGGGUAUGAUGGAAACUCCCUUCUGAGCAGUAUCGAGUGUUAUGACCCUGUUAUUGACAGCUGGGAGGUGGUCACCUCCAUGGCCACACAGCGCUGUGAUGCAGGAGUGUGUGUCCUCCGAGAGAAGUGAGAUUUACCUCAGAACAACCUCAAAGGUUGGGUGAAGCAGAGGAGGGCAGUCAUCUAGUCCUGAAUCUGAUAUUUACGUGCCACUACUAUGGAGCGACAGAGGGAUUAUUCACUUGGAGGCCAGUGUGCUAUAUGUCCUCCCGGAAGUCUCUUGAUUCUAUUCAGACUUUCUCAUCUGAGCUUAGUUACUUCUGUGUGAUAAGGGACAGGGGGUGUACAACAGUGAUUAGAGUUGUUUCAGUCUCUUCAUCAACAGUUGUUGCUUCCAAGAAGACAUCCAUCCCAACCCACUCGGUCGCAUGACACACUUUGUGGUAGCUGUUGCCGUGGUUACCCGUGAGAUUUUUGACUCAUCUUUUAAAGUGCAAUAUAUUUCUCUACUUAUGUUAUGAACCGUUGGAGCAGAAGAAACAAGAGGCUCCAGUUUUCUGCUGCUAUAUGCCUUAUGCCCUUGUGGCCCACAUUGAACUGAACAUCCAUGAUGCCUCAUUAGGACUGUGAUUGUUGUCAUGCCAUCAAGUAUGAUGAUUAUUUAGCAUAUGCCAGGUUUUCAGUCAGACAGUAAACCCUUUGUAGAUUUUGUAAUUCUGUAUAAAGCGCUUUUAGAAACAAAUCACUUAUUGAAGAAUUGUCAUUUACCUGACAGUCAUUAUUUUCAAUGUAUCAAAGAUAUUCAAAUGAAUGACAUUAGGGAAAGCACCAUAAUUGUAUUGUGGACUGCAGAUGGUUCCUUGCUCUUUUGCUGUUUCUGUCAUCUUGUCAAAAUCUCUGUCCCCUGCAAUUGACUCCGCUGAAGAUGUGCGUAUGGUGCAUGCAUUUGUCCAUAGUGGAUUUGUUUGGACAAGCAAAAUGACUUGACUUCUAUUAUUCGGGGCAAGUACAAAAUCCUGAGGAGUCUUUUGUUGUUACUUGAAAAAGUGAAUAAACAUUGUGAUAAUGUA